GUUCUGGAUGGCGUAGCCGGAGGUUAACGCACAAGAAGUGUUAAAUAUAUUUAAAUAUAUUUUACAAUAGAAGAAGGGGCUUCCGCCCUUCUGCGGCAACACAGAAAGGAUAAUUCUACCUAGUAAGGUUAAUAAUCCCUAAAGCUUGCUAUACAGUUCAAUGCGAGCGUAAGCGUGAAAGUUCGCAGAGGCAAAGAAUUCCAUUUGUAUUCUUAUGAACGCUCACACACAUCGGUCAAAACUUGUCGUUUUACAUGCGAAUGCUUUACAUACGCACACAGUUGAGUGUGAGCUUGAAAAAGGCGUAUUAUGCAUUUUAAAUUAGGUUUUAUUCUAUAAUUCUGAAAGAUUUUUUAAUUCUCUAUCUUGUGAUGUAUCAGCUAUUGCAAAAAGUUAAAUUAUAACCAUGAUAUUCGUCAAAAUAAAAAGUUCACGCUCACGCUCGCAUUGAACUGUAUAGCAGGCUUAAGCGCGACCGAAGGCAGAAGCAAACGCAACAGGUGUUGAACCUAAUAAAAUGCAUAUUUUCAAUGACUUGGAAGAGGCCGUUAUUGCAUUAACUGGAUUGAUUACCAGUUCUUCAGGUAUAAUAAGAGUUAUGGCUUGUGGUUCAACAAUUCAAGCAGAAGCUUACAUACAUAGAGGCAACUAUGGUAACUACUCCGGCUUUGUGAAUCCAUUUCCAUAACGCGCUCUCACUCCGCUGCUAUAACUGUAAAUGCAAUAGAAUCCGUAAUUUUCUUCAAAUAAGUAAAAUCAAACAAUUUUCCAAUAUAUAAUAGCACUUGAUGAGUGUUUUUUUAUAUCCUUUCCACUAAAAAAAUUUUGCGCUUUGUAUGCAUACUUAAAGGAUAUGGCUUUAUUAAGUAAUCUACAAAAUUUUUAGAGGGGUAUCUAGAUAUUUUGAUUCCAGCGGCAUAUAUGUUUUGGGUCCAUUUUUUGCACAAGCACUUCUUAUCAUUUAGUUAAUACCCGCUAAUCCUGGUCGUACGAUAGAGACGGAUUCUCUAAAUAUCUCGACUCCAGCGCCAUCUGUCGCCAACUUUUUUUCAAAAGUACUAUAUUUUAUGAUACAGAGCUUCCGACGUCGUUCGGGGUAAACAAAUAAAAAUAUAAAACAGUAAGAAAGUUUUUCAGCUUACCACAAAUUAAAGCAGACAUCAACUAUUUUGCCUGCUUAAUUUAAGGCCUUCUGUGAAGAACACUUUUAAUAUAUUGUUGCGAUGUAGAAGCAUAAAUACUAUCCGGAAAUCCCAAUCAUGUCAAUGCAAAGUCUCAGAGAAUACUGAAGACUUUUAGAUUAUUAUUGGAGGUGCCACGCCUCUAGUAAACACUCACUCUCUUUCAGUUUACUAUAAACGCCACGCUUUCUUGUAUAAACUCAUUUGUAUACAUUUACCAUAGAUGUUCUCACCAAAUUUCAAAGUCAUGUGAGCUAGGGUUCCGAAGAUAUAUCAAAUGUAAAAUCUCGCAACUUGACACUCAAAAAAUUUACUUAGAACUUGAUUUCAAAACUUAAAAAAAAAGUAAUAAAAAUGCAUUUAAAGCUUUAAUUCGUUAUUUUUUAGUUGAUUCAAGAUUUGUACAAAUGUCUUAUCCACACGUUUGUUAGUUUUAUAAAGAAAAUAAUCAGCCUUAUUGUAAACUUCAUGCGAAUGCCAUUCCCAAUGGAAAAGUUCCCUGAUUUGUGUUUUUCUUAUUGUGAACUUCACAUGGGAAAAGUCCCCCAUAUUCGAAAAAUUUUCCUAACCGUAAUUGUAAUUUUUUCGUGCGAAACCAUAAAAUUUGUUCACAAAAUUGUUAGCGGGGAACAACUAUCAAUAAAAUGUGAGCAUACUUUAUUAAUAAUUUUACUUAAUUUCAACAACUUUUUUAUAUCAACUAAGGUCUAUUAAUAAAACGCAGUUGACUCUUUUGGUCAACACUAUGGCGGAAAAUCCAGAUAUUGGGAAAGGCUUCCAAAAAGAAAACAAGGAGAAAGUGCUUGCGUUUUGGAAGAAGCUACAUGAUUCCCUCAAUAGCAUGGGGCCACCAUCAAAAUCGAUCUCCGAUUGGAAAAAGGUCUGGAUUGAUCAAAAAAGAUAUGUGCGGAAGAAAGCUGUCCAGAAUGCGCAAAACAGAAAAAAGACCGGUGGAGGACCGUGUAAAGAACACGUUUUUUCUGUAUUAGAACAGUCAAUUUUGGACUUAACCGCGACAAUUGAAAGUGAGGAAGGUCUCGAAGGUGGCAAAACUUUUGGUUUGCAACCAACUAAAUCAAUUGGUAACAAGCAAUCUGAAAGAGACAGGCAUGAUGAACAAGACGAUUUAAAUGAAGGCACAGAUGUAGAAGAGCUCAGUUUUUUGGACAAUAUCGAUUGCGAAAAUAUCGUGAAAUUGAAACGGAAAAUACCACGCCAGCGCUCAAGCCAAAACGAAAAAGUCAGGAUAAAGUUAACCCUUCCGAGCUAUUAAGCAUGGAGUUGAGUGUUCAAAAAGAAAUAAGUGUUAACAUUAGCAAGGGUCUGGAAAUGCGGAGUGAACACUACAAAGAAAUGGAACAUCAAUUACAGGAAUUAAAACAAGGCAUUGAAAACUUUGGAAAAAAUCAAGAUGAUUUACUAACGGAAACAAAACGUCACCAUCUAGAAACUGAACGCCUAGGAAAAGUAGAAGUAGAACGUAAACUGGUACUCAUAAACAGUCAAAUCGAGGUUCAAAAAUUGAAAAUACUUGCUGCAAAAAGAAACUUAAACCUUAACUAGAUAUAUAGUGCAUACGUUUAUGUAAUUAAUGAAUUAUGUUUACAGUCAGAGUCAAAAGUUAGUAUACACUUUGUUCUAACAUAAUAUUCACAACUAUUUUCACAAAAAAUUAAGGAAAAUAACUGAAUAUUAUUUUAGAAUAAGGUGUUCACUACAAUAACUUUUGACUCUGACUGUAUUUUAUUUUAUCAUCCAAUUGUGAAAAAAUUGCUACAUUAUCUCAAAACAAGAACUUUUGUCUAUAUGUUUUAAAAACACUGAAUUUUUGUGACAUUCUAAGGCUAUUUGGAUACGAUGCAUUUGUAAUUUCUCUCGCUUUCUAUUUUAAAAAUUACUCCAAGCAGGAGAUAUGUAUUUGUACUACGUUUAUUGUACUUCAAACUUUUCGUUGAAAAUAAAAUAAAAACGCUUCUAAGCUAAAACAAAACUAAAAUUUUUCAAGUGUGCCAUAAAACAAUUCCAAAUAUUAAAAAUAGUUCAAGAUCCGAAUAAGGCAGGACCUUCACCCAUCUGUUUAAUGAAUGAAAUUUAUUUUUUAUGAAAAUUAACCUGUUGGGAAAUAUUUUGCGACUGGGUUGGCCGAAAAAAUCCUGGCCAGGAUAUUUUUAAUUAAAUAUUCAAAAAUAAUUUUUUUUUUAAUUUUGUAUUC